AGUAAAUGUCAGUGCUGUCAGUUAUCAGUUGCACUAGCUGAACUAGCUCUAGCACAGUAACGACAGUAACAUUCCAUUUACUAAUAUAAUAUUAUUGUCAUUAGUAGGAAACAGUUAGUUCUUAAUCUGCACCCUGACGAUUGAUUUAAUCCAUUUGUACUUUUAUUUUAUGCUCUUCAGAAAGAAAUGAAUUUCAGGAGCUAUCAACUCCAUAACAAUAUAUAGUCCAAUGUGCAAGGUUCAGGCGAACUGAAUCAGUUUUUUCAUUAAGUAACAUUUGACUAUCCAAGUCAAAAAUGUUUGAAGGUUGCUGCGGAUGCUGCAGUGCUUUUCGGCCCAGAUAUAAACGAUUGGUUGACAAUAUCUUUCCUGUAUACCCUCAAGAUGGACUGGUUAAAUCUAAUAUGGAGAAACUUACCUUUUAUGCCCUUAGUUCCCCAGAAAAGUUGGAUAGAAUUGGGGAAUACUUGUAUCAGAGGGGAGCCAGAGAUAUUUAUAGAAAAAAAUACGGAUUCGUUGUCAUCGCUAUGGAGGCUAUGGAUCAACUUCUCAUGGCAUGUCAUGCUCCGACACUCAAUUUGUUUGUCGAGAGUUUUCUGAAAAUGAUACAAAAGCUACUCGAAUCAACCGAACCAGAACUACAAAUUCUAGCAACACAGUCUUUCGUAAAGUUCGCAAAUAUUGAAGAAGAUACACCUUCUUAUCACAGACGAUACGAUUUUUUUGUCAGUAAGUUCUCAGCAAUGUGUCAUAGUGGCGAGGGAGAAAAAAAGAAUAAAAUACGGAUAGCUGGUAUCAAAGGUUUGCAAGCGGUAGUCCGAAAAACAGUAUCUGAUGAACUGGUUGAAAAUAUUUGGGAACCCAUACAUAUGGAUAAAAUCGUACCUAGUUUAUUGUUCAAUAUGCAGGAAUCAGGUUUUCAUUCCAACGAAACACCCAAUGAAGAUCCUACAGAAGAUGAAGAUAAUCCUCCAAUGCUAGCUGAAACAUGUAUGAGAGAACUUGUGGGAAGGGCAUCUUUUGGUCAUAUAAGAACAGUACUGAAGCCAGUUUUGAGGCAUUUUGAUUUGCAUGAGCUUUGGGUACCCAACCAAUUUGCCAUACACACGUUCAGGAUUAUAAUGUUUUCAAUACAAGCUCAGUAUUCUUAUACAGUUGUAGAAUCUCUUAUGGCACAUUUGGAUGAAAACUGUAAAUCUAGUGCAUCAAUAAGAACAAGUAUAGCUGCUGUAUUAUCGAAAAUAAUAGCUAUUGCCGCUGGAGAAAGUGUUGGCCCUACUGUAUUGGAAAUAAUUAAUUCCCUACUGAGCCAUUUGAGGGAUUCAGUCAGGAACUGUGUAUCACAAUCUGAGGAGAAACAGUAUCAAGAAGCUCUUAUCAAUGCUCUGGGGGAAUUUGCUAACCAUCUCCCAGAUUAUCAAAAAAUUGAAAUUAUGAUGUUUAUUAUGAGUAAAAUACCAUUUCCUCCAGUUGAUAAUCAAACACCUGCAGACAACUUGUUGCAAAGUAUUCUGUUGAAAAGUUUACUGAAGGUUGGAACAAAAUAUCAAACAAUCCAUUUGAAUUCAACAUUCCCAGUAUCAUUCCUGGAACCCUUACUUAGAAUGUCUUUGGCUCCUGAUUCAGAUAUGAGAUUGUUAGUACAGAAGAUACUUCACACAUUGAUUGAUAGACAUCAUAACUUGGAAAAACUAACAAAACCAAAUGUAGACAUAUCAGACCUAGAUCUGGUGAUCGAAAAAUCGUCUAGACCAGAUUUGAUCUUCAUUAACAAACAUGGACCCAUAAUAUAUGAUGCUCUAUACACUAGUUUACAGAUAGAUACUAAUACUCCAGAGAAUAUAGAAGCUAUCUACACCACCUUAGCUCUAUUGUGUGUAGAACUCUCCAGUGCAGAAACUGUGAUUGACCUUUUACAACUUGUUUUAGGUAUUCAGAAUUUGGCACUUACAAACAAUUCCCUAAGUUCUGCUCAGAAAUUUAAUUUACAUGGCCUUAUUGUUUGUCUCUUGGUGCUCAUUUCAAAUGUUGCAAACUUGAAGUCUUUGGAGGAAUAUGCUAGUCAAAUUGUAGAAGCAAGGCGUCAGGAAGCUCCACAUUUGUUACCUGAGUUUAUGGUCCAUUAUCCUAGUAAUAGUGAGGGUGCUGGAAAAGUGCCACAUUUACUUAUAGACCAGAUGGCCAUUUGUGAAUAUGUUAAGAGUCAUGGAAUUGAUGCCUCACGACUCCUUCAAACUUCACCAUAUGGAGCUGGUGGUCCAGGAAUUGUGGCUGCUGGUGCUCACAGAAACAGCUGGAUAGACACCGGUAGAGGAAGCAUCACAGAAUUGACGGGAAUAAAUGAAGUAGAUAGUGCUGCUAGUUCACCAGGAGUACAAAGAAAAGUCCCAGAGGAAGAAUUGACCUUUGAAAGUAUGAAGAAAGUUCUCACUGAACCAUCUGAAGUUCGUAAAGAAGCUGAAGCCGAAAAGAGAAAAAUACUAAGUCACACAUUCAGAACAGCAACAUUCUCAGAGUUGAUCAGAAGAACCCAACCAAAGCAUGAUUUACUUCAGAAUAAACUAAACGAAAUAUUCAAAUCUUUGAGUAUUAUUGAAACAAGGAGUCCUUCAGAUGAAGAAAAGAAAAACGCUGUUCCUACGUAUGAGCAGAAUUUUCCAGAGUUGUUCUUUUAUUGACUUUUCUUCUGAGAUUGACAACAUCUGUAUUAUGAACUUUGUUUUAAAAUUCUAUAAAACGUCAUCAUUUUUCACUCAAGUUUGAUAUCAUUAUUGGUCAGCAAUUAUUUCUAGUGACAGUUAAAAGGCAAAUAGUCAAAUUAAGUAACAUGGUUAGAAUUGCCAGAAUUUGACUGCUUAUGCCCUUUUAAUUUCAACCAUCGUACUGGAAGAAUUAAUACUUUUUUAUUAUUUCAAAUUAAUUAGAAAGUCAAAACAAAUCCAAAAUUAUUUCAAUCCUCAUGAUUGAAAUGUUCAAACUGAAACAUCAGAUUAGCCACUUGAUUGAAUUCAUUAUGGAAGAAUUAUGGAACAUCGGCCUUCCAUUUCUCUGCAACCUAUGGACUCCGAUGAAACAUCAAAUGUUCCAGCGCUGAAUUCCAGAAAUGUUUAAGAACCCGAUGGUUUCCAUCGUACCUUCAGCCAUCGGUAAUUUAUGAACGCUUUGUUGACAUCCCACUUAAUGAGCAUUCGACAGCACUGACUUUCCGAACUCGACCAUAAUAAAAAUAUGGCAGGAGGCGAAACACCAAAACGGUUAUACCACGUCGUCAAAAGUAUAUUCACUUAUCAAUACGCCGUAACUAUAAGAAAUUCACGGAUGUUAUUGUUUCCUCAAAACAUGAGCUUUAUAAUCACUGAAAUUGUGUUGACUCGGAUAUCAUUCAAUUAUUUGAUUUAUUUCAAAAAUUUUAUAUACAUAGAUAUAUAUUAAAAAUUCUUAAUGUAUAUGUAAACAGGUAGUAUAGCCGUAAUUUCAAAUUCACUUAAUACCGAGUACUCAGCUAAUUGAGUACAGUAGAGCCUGGUUAGUCCGAACAACCAGAAACAAACCGCCGUUCGGAUUUACGGGAGCGUACGUAUUAGAUCAAUCUGACUUAUCUUCUUUUUCUUCAUCUGCCAGGAUCAUCUGAAACAAUACUGAUUCAUCCGCAUUAUAGAUUUGUUCUGGACAAAUGCCUUUUUUCGGCUAUGGUUAAAGCUUAUGUUUGCAUUUUGGUGUAGGUACCAUUUUUAUAAGUCCUUAAUAACUUAGUAUAUUCAAAAAAAAUGUAAUUCUGCUAUGUGGCUUGUUUGUAACUAAAGACAAAAUUUAAGAUGAAUGGUCUUGGCAAGAGAGAGGGAGGGGUGAUAUUUAUAUAUAUAUAUAUAUAUA